GUUGACGUGAUGUCCGGAAGAGGCAAAGGAGGCAAAGGUUUGGGAAAAGGCGGUGCGAAGCGACACCGUAAAGUACUCCGUGAUAACAUCCAGGGUAUCACAAAGCCUGCAAUUCGUCGCCUGGCUCGCCGCGGCGGAGUUAAGAGAAUCUCGGGUCUCAUCUAUGAAGAAACUCGCGGGGUCCUCAAGGUCUUUCUCGAGAAUGUCAUCCGCGACGCCGUCACCUACACCGAGCACGCCAAGCGAAAAACCGUCACUGCGAUGGAUGUAGUCUACGCUCUCAAGAGGCAAGGACGUACGUUGUACGGAUUCGGCGGCUAAACUAACUUUGACCCAUUAACAUCAGAAUAAAAGGCCCUUUUAAGGGCCACUCACUGAUUCCAUGAGAGUUACUAGUCCGUAACCAUAUCGACUGCGCACCAUUUGUCACGUUCACGUGAUAUUGUUGCAUGAUCAUUCAUUGAGUAUCAUAAAACAAGUCUACUUGAGAUGAGUCCAGCCUCUGCCAAGUAGUGGUACACUUAUAAUCACUAUAAGAUGUACGACUUAAUACGAGUUCUGGGUGUGACUGCUUCAUGUCUGAAGAUAGCUGGGGAGGGCUCCAGUACUCUUGAAAACCUUGUGAGAAUGAGUCGCUCAGAAAAUGGAUAUAGUAAAUACUCUAUUUAAUUCACUGCUGAAAGUCCUCCAGAUUUUUAAAUUUUCCGGAAAAUUGAAAAUUUGCCGAAAAUAAUUCCGGAUAUUAGUUAACAUUGAACAAACGUGCGUUUGAGUUCGUUGUUUUGCUUUCACGAGCGUAGUGGAGGGAUUUGCGAGUUUGGACCCUACUUGUGUUCCGUAAUCGAGGAAGAUAUGACCAAUGAUCUGAAAAAGUUAACAGCAAAUGGAUUUAUUACAACGGAAUGUGCAAUACAGACGUCCCGGUCUUAUCUAGGUAUCUGCCGCACACGAGACGUGUGUCUUCUGGCAGGAUAGCCAAAGAAGAAGACAAGAGCUGCCCGGUAACACAAGGUUUUUAUAUGUAUGGGUCCAUGGUAAAGGUUCCUGCCCCCCCCCCCCCCCCCCCCCCGCAGUCUGGUCCUGGGCGGGGAUGGUAACUUUCCGCUCCUUAUCUGGUGUCAUUCAUCUCCACGGCAACACCUUGGAGAGGAGGAUGUCACCAGCCGGUAGUCUGCGUACAAAGAUCAAGGACAACCACCGGCUCCACAAGACAUCCUUGUCUGAUUAGCAAAUGGACAACACUUUAUCUGUUGUUUAAUUGUAUAAGGUCAUAUUUAAGCAAGCAAUGAAAAGUGCAAUAAAAGUAAAAUAGUCCUGAGCCAUGUUGAGGCACUAACACUAGUAACAGUAACGUUUCUCCCUUCGCAUUCUCAAGACGUCGCUUAUUUUGUGUGGUCUUGAGAUUAAUUUACGUGUUUAUUUAAUAAACGUUAAGUAAACAAGACCCUGGGCCCCUCUAGUGCUCACAUUUGUAUUUUCAGGAAUUUUCACAAGUCCACUUUCGUCUCUAUUUAAUAAAGUACCGUGGUAAUGCUCAAUUUGCUGUUUUUUUACUUAAAGAGGAAAUCCAAUGGUUUGCAUUAACAAUGUACCCAAUAGGUCAUGUAAUAUGUACUCUAUUUUGCAGGGAUGAGAAUUUUCCGCGGAUUUGCGGAAUUCUGAGGGUUUUUUUCAGCUGAAAUUGUCAUUUUUGUGAAACGUGUCAUUCUGUUGAGAACAUUUGGGGUUUGGGGUGGGUACGGCUUGAGGCGAGGAUGUGAUCAAGACCAGCCGCCAGCAUCUACCGGCAACACUCGUGAAAUUAGUCACAGCUGUGAUAGUGGAAAACAGCAUUGCUAGCAGUUUACAGCAUUGCUAUCUGUUUGUAUUAAAUUUGGUGUUUACAAUAAUCACAACAUUCCAAUUUCCAGCAGUAUUUCAUUGGUAUUUUCCACUCUGAUGUUAACAUUUCUUAGAGAAACAUUCUGUUUACUACGGCAUAGCAAUAAAUUACAGACAUACGUACGCAUAUGUUAUUAAGCGGUCUGCACGUUUGCCAGUAUGGCGAAAGUCUAGGAACGAAAAGAUGAAGAUUGUGCCAGGGAAAUUGAUUAAAAACCGCGGGGUACAAAAACCUGUUUCAGAUGAGCAUGGCUUGAAAAAAGUGUAACCGUGCAGAUAGGAACGAAAACUGUAUCAAUGUCUAACCGAGCACACACACAAGGUGGACAUUCACGGCAAAGAGCUGUGCACUCUGUGUUCCGGUAGGAGUGAAAAUCAUCCAGGAGCAUAUCCAAACUAGGAAACACAAAGCUAUAUAGAUCAACAAAUUGUGUACUUAUUUCUGAAGUAUAACUUGUAGCCUGUUUUAUAUAAAUUUCAUUGUCUACAUUUUUGUCUGAAGUUUGGCAAAAUUAUUUUGGUUGUUUGGACUCAUAUUUUAAGUUUUAAAAAUGUCAUGAUUGCCCUGUAUUCACUGUUAAAGUAACCAGAGGU